AUCCAAACUAAAAAAAAUAUGCCAAAUACUGGUUUUAUUUCAAUCGGUAAUUAUUUACGGAUAUUUUAUAUUUUAUUGUUGUACUACAUGGAUGUAACAUGCGGUGUCCUACUGAAUGUUGCAAAUGUACUUUGGCAAAUAGUCCUGAUAUGGUUUUAUUAUGUAAUUUACAAGAUACCAAAAUCUAUUUUAAGGGCUGGGUACAUAAAUCGGAAAUGCAUGAAUAUAACUCUUAGCAAAGUGAAUCUGAAUUUGCAGUCGACAUAUCUUAACAUAUUACGGUGUCUUUUAGAACCGAAGGACGAAGCAGACCUUGAAAUGGAAAAAUUUUGCCAAAUAUGCGAAAAGCUAAGUAAUACGGAACCGCAGACACAUGAAAAAGAAACUCAAGCUAAUUUCGAUGGACUCGUUUUAACAGAAAGUAUUCAAAUUUUAAAUUAUACCACAAGUAAUCCCCUGCAGUCACCUCAGCACUCGGUUUUGGUUAUUAAGAAAGAGAAUACUCCAAUUAAUGACAAAACAUCUACAGUAUCCAUUAGUACGAUAAUAGAACCACUAGAGUUGCCAGAACAAAGACUACCAGUUUUUGUACCGCCACCACCACCACCGCCCCCACCUCCGCCGCCAACAAUUUCAUUAAAAAAGGAACAAUUUGCACAGAUUUGUACAAUAACAAAGAGCGUUUCAUAUUCUGUCACACAGGAAAAUGACCCUGUGCAAAAUAAUGAAAUAUUAACCUUAAAGCCUUUGUUCUGGACUCCGAUCAUUAACAGUCAGUCGGAGGAUGCUUGGUACAAGAGAAAGAAAGGAAUAUGGAAUGAAGUCAAAGAAAUAAAAAUUGAUAACUAUAAUGAAUUCGUUCAAUUGUUUUCAGUCCGUAAUCAUAUUUCGAAAAAGAAAACUCCAACGAAAAAUAUGCCAUCUGGCUGUCUCACUUGCGAACGUGGUAGACUUAUAUCGAUAGUUUCCCGUUUUUUUAAAAAUAAAAUGCAUGGUCUGAAAAAGGCCUUAUAUGAAUUGGACUUCUCUGUAAUGACCAUCGAAGACCUGCAAAAGAUCAAUAAUAUAAAAGCAACAAAUGUGGAAAUAAAUUUAAUUAAAAAGGCAGCCGGUGAUAACAUUCCAUUAAAUGAGGCUGAGCGAUUUCUGCUUGAUAUAUCAGAAGUUCCACAAUCCUAUGAUCGCAUAUUCUGCUUAAUUUUUAAAGAAGAAUGCUUCGAAGUAUCUAAGCCUUUAUUACACAAACUAAACGAAAUGUGUAGAAUAUGUCGCUUUCUUCUCACUAACAAUGGGCUCAAAACUAUAUUUUCAAUCAUUUUAACGUUGGGUAAUCUAAUGAACUGCGGUAAUACAAUUCGAGGACGUGCCAAAGGAUUUCAAUUUGAUAUUCUGUCGACACUUAAUGACAUCAGAUCUGAAAAGGCACAAAUCACAUUACUACAGUUUAUAAUACGUACCUACAUACAACGUUGCCUUAAAAAUGGCAAGACAUUGAAUGAAAUAAAAAUGCCGGUACCGGAUUAUAUGGACGUGAAAACUGUUGCAGAAAUUGAACUUGAAGAUUUUAAAAUAGAAGUAGAUGCUCUCAAUGAUCAGUUAAGAGCUUGCAAAAAAGUGCUAGAAAGAGUCACUUUAAAUACAUCCAGCAAUCCUAUUGAACCUUUCAAGAGUGUUAUGAAGAAAGCACUACGAAACACCAAAACAGAUAUUGAAAAUUUGUAUAAUAAACUAGACGAGUGCCGUAAUAUAUUCGAUGAUACCAAACAGUUUUACUAUUACACUUCGAAGCAGCGAAGUACAAACAAAACCGAUUUAAAAGACUUUUUAGAAGUUUGGAUAAUUUUCACAAAACAUUUUAAAACCAAUUGGGUCAAAGAAAUUCGUCUAGCCACUAGUGAGGGAUAAACAUUGAGUUCAUUUUAUUGAAGGAGAUCCAAGGCUUCAAUAUUUUCUGAACCUUAAAGCUCACUUUUAAGCUCAGCAAAUAAUAAUUUAAAAAAUAUU